ACUGGCGACUCCGGAGGAUCUCUCGCGAGGAAGGACGCCAUUAUCGCAGCCGCCCGACCAAACACCACGAGAAUUCGGCAGGGAAACGAGCCAGCGAAGCCGUGCAUGAAUUGACCCGCUCGCUCACGGCCCAGCACUGCUUCCUGUUUCUGAAUGAUGACAGAGCAGGACUUAGCUGAUGUGGUUCAGAUCGCUGUGGAGGACUUGAACCCGGGCCAUCCAGUUGUGUUGGAAAACCAUGAAGUGACGGAUGAAGACGUAGAACCACCUUUAAAACGUCAGCGGAUAGAAAUUAAUUGCCAGGACCCCUCAAUUAAGUCGUUCCUGUAUUCCAUUAACCAAACGAUAUGCCUGCGGUUGGACAGCAUUGAAGCAAAGCUGCUGGCCCUUGACGCCACCUGCAAAUCCCUGGAAGAGAAACUGGACCUCGUCAUGAACAAGCAGCACAGCCCCAUCCAAGUCCCCAUGGUGGCAGGCUCCCCGCUCGGCGCUACCCAGACGUGUAACAAAGUGCGAUGCGUUGUUCCUCAAACCACAGUAAUACUCAACAAUGAUCGUCAGAACUCGAUUGUAGCCAAGAUGGUAGGACAGGACGAACCCCUGAGCAGAUCAGCGGAUUCACUGGAAAAUAUCCUUAGCAACGCUGUGCCUGGGCGGAGGCAGAACACCAUUGUGGUGAAAGUCCCGGGACACGAAGAUAGUCACAACGAGGAUGGAGAGAGCGGCUCCGAGGCCAGUGACUCUGUCUCCAACAGUGGGCAGUUGGGUGGCCCGAAUAUCGGGAACAACGUUACCCUCAUCACGCUGAAUUCGGAGGAGGAUUAUCCCAGCGGGACGUGGCUGGGAGACGAAAACAACCCCGAGAUGCGCGUGCGUUGCCCCAUCACCCCGGCGGACAUGCUCCACAUCAGCACCAACUGCCGCACAGCUGAGAAGAUGGCGCUGACCCUCCUCGACUACCUCUUCCACCGGGAAAUCCAGGCCAUCUCCAACCUUUCGGGGCAGGGCAAGCAUGGGAAGAAGCAGCUGGACCCCCUCAUGAUCUACGGCAUCCGUUGUCACCUUUUUUAUAAGUUUGGGAUCACGGAGUCUGACUGGUACCGGAUCAAGCAGAGCAUAGACUCGAAAUGCCGAACAGCGUGGCGGCGGAAACAGCGAGGCCAGAGCUUGGCAGUGAAGAGCUUCUCCAGGCGAACACCUUCCUCGUCCUCUUACAGCGGCUCAGAGAGUACACAGAGUACGACAUCGGCCCCAAACGAGAUGCAAGCGGGCCAGCCGCAAGCCCUUCACUAUGCACUGGCCAAUGCCCAGCAAGUCCAGAUCCACCAGAUAGGAGAAGACGGCCAAGUCCAAGUCGGUCACCUCCACAUAGCGCAGGUUCCGCAAGGAGAGCAGGUCCAGAUCACGCAAGACAGCGAGGGUAACUUGCAGAUACAUCAAGUUCAUGUUGGACAAGACGGGCAGGUGCUGCAAGGUGCCCAGCUGAUCGCCGUCGCCUCCUCGGACCCGGCAGCGGGCGGCGUCGACGGGUCGCCCCUCCAAGGCAGCGACAUCCAAGUCCAGUACGUCCAGCUGGCCCCCGUGACCGACCACGCCGCCACGAAUCCAAGCGCAGACUCUCUCCAGUCCACCAUCCAGCCAGAAAUGCAGAUCGAUCACAGCACCAUUCAGAUUCAGUGAGACGGACUCCGCCGCAGGGGUGGCGGCACGGAUGGCGGGAGCGGGCGGCCGGAGGGUCCGGCCGGAGAGCCCGCUCGUAGCUUUGGGCCGAGAGGACGUUGUGCCAGCACCACCUGUGCAUGUGUGUGUCCUUGCUCCGUGGAUCAGGCCCUUUGGGCCGGAGAACAGACGGAGGCGCUCCUGCAAUUCCGCACAGAGCUCCCGUGCAAUAUUCUGCGCUCCCGGAAGAGAGAAGAAAAUAACCCGACAACACCUAACGUUGCAGGAGGCAAAAGCGACUAAUCUUAAUUAAUCGAAAGAUUCCAAAUGUUCCGUCAUCUCAUCUCCUUUGUGACUCGUCCUUGUAAAUGCCUGUAGAUAACUUACCAGACUCAUGGCUCUUUUGCAGUACAUACCACACGGAAGGAAUCAAGAGUACAAAUAUAUUUUGCUUCGGAAAGAAGAUUUUUUUUAAUUUGCUAUGUUUAUAACGAAAAAGUAAAAGAUGUAUUUAAGAAAGAAAAUGGGGGUGCAGACAAAGGAAAGGGGCCCAUUAUCAUAAACAUUAGCUUUUUUGGCUGCUGGAUUUUCUGUUUUCAGUUUAAUCAUACAGUUUUUACAAAAAAAAAAAAAAAAGGAAAAAUUAAAAAGAAAACAGCAAGAAAGAAGACAGAAACACUCUCUCUCUCUCUCUCUCUCUCUCUCUCUCCCCUUGCCUUUUUGUUGGUAUUGUUGCUUAACUACUUUUCUAAAGGGGGAAAACUACUAUCCAACAAUGUAAUUAUGCAUUUCUAAAGAAAUAAAUGUGUAUUUAUGAA